GGUUGUUUGUCGCCGGUGUUGCCAUGGUUGCGAGGGACAAGAGGAGUUUUACGGACGCCAACAUGUCAGCGUUGUCUCUGGAGCGCAAAGAGUUUGAGUGCCUGCAUCAACUUUACAAUCAUGUCUUGUCCAGCAAGUGUUGCAGCUACAAGCUUCUAAGCAUUCUCGGGGAGGGACGCUUCGGAAUCGUUGCCGAGUGCCUCAACUUGAACACAUCGGAUUGUGUGGCGGUGAAGCUCCUGAAAAGAUGCAACAUUUACAACUACAACCAAGAAGUGCAGGCGCUGCAAAAGAUCCGCUUCCUGGACAAACACAGGAACAGCUUGGUCAGGUUCAUAGAACACUUCAUCUUCCAGGACUUUCCUUGUCUGGUUUUCGAGAUGCUGGACAAGAGCCUGGAGGACCUGAUGACAGAGCGAAACAUGACGCCGCUGAAUCUGCAUCAAAUCCGCCCGGUCACAUUGCAGCUUCUGAUGGCGUUCGAGGCCCUGCAGGCGUUAGGGAUCAUUCACACAGACUUGAAACCGGACAACGUCAUGCUCGUGGACCACAAACACGUUCCCUUUCGAGUGAAGCUGAUCGACUUUGGUUUGGCUCAUCCAAUCACGUCCGUGCACGCGGGAAUGACCCUGCAGGCCGAGGCUUACCGGGCCCCAGAGGUGACCUUGGGCCUUCCCCUGUCAGAGGCCAUCGAUAUGUGGUCUCUGGGAUGUACCAUCGCAUACCUCUUCUUUGGAUUCGACCUCUUUGACUGCUCUUCUCUUCGCAACAGUAUGGGAACCAUCUGUCAGCUCUUUGGGCAGCCUGGAGAUCAUCUUCUCAACAUGGCUAAAUACACCAGUGACUACUUCAUGCUGGACGCAGACCACCGUUGGACUGUCAUCUCAGCAGGUAUCGAGCCAGCCAUGUCUCGAUUUAAUCUGGAGACUGGGUCCACUUUCGAAGACCUGGCCUUGGGAUUCUUGCAGACCACCUCCACCGUGGAGUACGACGACUGGAUGAAAUGUGUUUGUCUCCUAAAAUGUCUACUGAGUGUAGAGGCCACGAGCAGAGCCACUCCCAGACAAGCUUUGAAUCAUUCUUUUCUCACCAUGGCUCACCUGAUGGACAACUGCCCCUACAAAGAAGCUACGCUCAACUGCAUGAUGGUCGCGCCCAUCGACGACUACGUCACAGUCAAAGGCAGGGAUGAAGGCUACGGCGAGGAGGAGCCUGACUGUGUGGAGGAACUUUAUGGAGAAGAGGAACCAGGAGAGGUGGUGAAUCUUGACAUUGGCAGCGACGCUGGUUGGUUAAUGGACGCUGAUGAUUUGGUGGUUCUUGGCGGUGAUGAGGACAUUGGUGUUGUGGAAGAGCCUCCUGGAGUGCUUGUUCUUGAUGUUGAAGUGGACCUUUGUAAAGUGGUAGACCUUUGUGGUAUGGAAAAUUCAUGUGGCUUUGUCAACUUGGCAGACCUGUUUUAGUGGACAUGACCCUUGUGGGCAGUGAAAAAUCCUUGCUGAGUUCAA